AUGGCAAAGCUGACUGGACUGGUGCAGCACUUCUGCAGCCUCACAGGCGCGUCCACUCUGCCCAGCCUGGCAGAGUGGUCUGUGCUGCCAGAUAAGAAACGGCUGCACAGCAUGUACAUGGACUAUUACGAGGCAGACCCCUCGACGCGCACCCCACCGAUACCAACGGUGUUUUUGGACCCCCCGGGCUCGGAAGCAGAUAUGUUGGCAUUGUGCCAUAGCAGCUCGCUGAAAAGCAGCGAGGCACACACUGAUGCCACGAUGCGGCUGAUCUAUGAAGCGAUGUUGGACCUACAAAAAGAGCAGCAACGGGUGCAGGAGCUUGGAGCCAAAGUUGACCGCAUCUCAUUGGUGACAAACAAUGAAGAGGAGGGAGCCUUGCGCCACUUCAUCAUAAAGAGGGAAUUUGCAGAGGGGGCAAUCCUCGUCAAGAAGGUCAAAUUCCCUUCAGAAGCUCUGCCCACAGCAAACAAGUCUGCUCCAGCACUGUACAGGGGUGAUCAUCCUUGGAGGGCUCGGCCGCCGCUGCCAGAAAGAGUGUCGGAAGAGGUCAGAGCAUCUGGACUGGUCACAAGAGAGCCAUACCUGUUGGAAGCUGCACAGCUGGUAUCGUCCAGGAGCUGUGGAGAAGGGUGGCUGCUCCAGCCGCACAUCGUGGACAUGCCAGAUCUCGAGUACAGGGUGUAUCUCUUUGGAGGAGCCGAGUCAAGCGGGACCAGCAAGGACUCUGUUGUGGUGUACACCCCUUCCAUCCUGGACGAGGGGCUGUACCUUGCCAAUCUGACACUGCCAGAGGGACAUUUCUGGAGUGACAUCAUUCAGGCUCCAGGGGGGCCACAUGAGGAGAUAGAUGCUGAUGUGGAGGGGUUGUCAGCAAAGCUGGGUCAGGAGCGGGCUCCCUGGGAGAACCACCGGCUGUACAGGAAAAUCGUGGACGCUGCUCUCAGCGGCGCUCGUGCUAUGGCCGCAUUCCAAGACGUGCGCCACAUGUACGCCCGCAUGGAUGUAGUGCUCGGGGUGUACUGGGGCGAGGACGGCCGGAUGUAUGUCCAGAUGCUGAUCAACGAAAUGGACUGGUUUAACUCUGCCGGGGUCAUGAUGCGCUACUGGCCUGUGGACUUCUCAAGUGAGGCGGCAGCUGCUGCCAACGGUCCAAAGCUUGUGCCGAUGUUCCUGCGGGAGCUUGCCCGGGCGUUUGAUGCCAGUCGCUGA